GGUUUCCAUUGGCCCAGCAGGGGCAUCUUUUCUAUGUUCGUUAGACAGCUUCCUCAUUCCCAAGAUCUAGCCUUUGAUUCCUGGUGGUGCCCGACUUCCUGAUAUUCCCAUCCCCCCACCCCCCGUUCCUUGCUGAGGUUUCCGCACCGGCAGCAGGUGUGUCCUGGAGUGAAGGCGGCAUUUACUUAGGAACGUGUCGAGUGGCGUUUAUGGCCCAGCGACUACCCUUUACUAUUGCGGUGGUGCCAGAAACAGCUUAGACGUCCCAGGAAAGUCCCAGUAAUAUUCCGCAUGCCCCAGUAUCUCAGCACUACCCACCCAGCCCCCGGUUUCCCUACUAGUGACCCGGCCUUCAGGAUCUCUCAGUAACUCCAGAGUCCCGGGUUACACCUCCCAGCCAUGGCGCCAGCAUCUCUCCUGGGGCACGGCCAAAGACGUCAUGACUUUCCCGUUCCGGGAUAACCCCCAGCCGAAACCGACACCCUGAGCCCACCCCACUCCGAGCUUGCCAGGACUCAGUAGUGCUGAGGCCUCGGUAUUUCUCCAGGGUCCCUUCCUUGGGUGCCCCGGCUCCCGGGUCCUCCAGGCGGGAUGAGUCGGGAGCCACGCAUCCCGCUGCGCUCCCAAACUCUUGGCUGGCGGGCCGAUUUCCUGAGCGGUGGGCCAACCCACCCAGCGCAAAUGGAGAAGCAGCCCACGCCGCAGGACUGCGGGCUAUCACAUCUACUGCCCGGUUCGAAGCUACCGAUGGAGGCCCCGCUGCAAACUGGGAUGGUGCUGGGCGUGAUAAUCGGGGCCGGAGUGGCGGUUGUGGUGACCGCCGUGUUCAUCCUCCUGCUGGUGCGGAGGCUGCGAGUACCGAAAACCCCAGCCCCGGAUGGCCCGCGGUAUCGGUUCCGGAAGAGGGACAAAGUGCUUUUCUAUGGCCGGAAGAUUAUGCGGAAGGUGUCACAGUCCACUUCCUCUCUGGUGGACGCCUCCGUCUCCACCGCUUCCCGGCCACGCAUGAAGAAGAAACUUAAGAUGCUGAACAUUGCCAAGAAGAUCCUGCGCAUCCAGAAGGAGACCCCAACCCUGCAGCGGAAGGAGCCCCCACCCUCAGUGCUGGAGGCUGACCUGACAGAGGGCGACCUGGCCAACUCCCACCUGCCCUCUGAGGUGCUCUAUAUGCUCAAGAAUGUCCGGGUGCUGGGCCACUUCGAGAAGCCGCUUUUCCUGGAGCUGUGUCGGCACAUGGUCUUCCAGAGGCUUAGCCAGGGCGACUACGUCUUCCGCCCGGGCCAGCCAGACGCCAGCAUCUAUGUGGUGCAGGACGGGCUGCUGGAGCUCUGCCUUCCAGGGCCGGAUGGGAAAGAGUGUGUUGUGAAGGAAGUGGUCCCCGGGGACAGCGUCAACAGCCUCCUGAGCAUUCUGGACGUCAUCACGGGCCACCAGCAUCCCCAGCGGACAGUGUCAGCCCGGGCAGCCCGGGACUCCACGGUGCUGCGGCUUCCGGUGGAGGCCUUCUCCGCUGUCUUUACCAAGUACCCAGAGAGCUUGGUGCGGGUGGUGCAGAUCAUCAUGGUGAGGCUGCAAAGGGUCACCUUCCUGGCCCUUCACAACUACUUGGGUCUGACCAACGAGCUCUUCAGCCACGAGAUCCAGCCCCUUCGCCUGUUCCCCAGCCCUGGCCUCCCAUCCCGGACCAGCCCCGUGCGAGGCUCCAAGCGGGUGGUCAGCACCUCAGCCACUGAGGAACCCAGAGAGACCCCGGGCCGGCCGCCUGACCCCACCGGGGCCCCACUGCCUGUACCUGCAGAUAACAGAGGGGACCCCAUAAAGCCCACCUCCCUGGAAGCCCCCACAGCCCCUGUGCUGAGCCGCUGCAUCUCCAUGCCGGUGGACAUCGCAGGCUUGCAGGGUGGCCCCCGCUCAGACUUCGACAUGGCCUACGAGCGCGGCCGCAUCUCCGUGUCCCUACAAGAGGAGGCUUCCGGGGGACCCGGAGUGUGCGCAGGGAUCGCUUGUGCCUGCCGUGGCUGUGGCCCUUGGCAUGUGGUUGGGUUGCGGUCCUGUCACCUCGCUGUUUUCAUUGCCGCUGUCCUCCCACAGGCUUGCAGGGUGGCCCCCGCUCAGACUUCGACAUGGCCUACGAGCGCGGCCGCAUCUCCGUGUCCCUACAAAGGAGGCUUCCGGGGGACCCCCACCUACCAGGGCCGCCAGACCAGCAGCAUCUUCGAGGCAGCCAAGCGGGAGCUGGCGAAGCUGAUGCGGAUCGAGGACCCCUCGCUGCUCAACAGCCGGGUCUUGCUGCACCACGCCAAGGCUGGCACCAUCAUCGCCCGCCAGGGGGACCAGGACGUGAGCCUGCACUUCGUGCUGUGGGGCUGCCUGCACGUGUACCAGCGCAUGAUCGACAAGGCGGAGGACGUGUGCCUGUUCGUGGCGCAGCCCGGGGAGCUGGUGGGACAGCUGGCGGUGCUCACCGGCGAGCCCCUCAUCUUCACCCUGCGUGCCCAGCGUGACUGCACCUUCCUGCGGAUCUCCAAGUCUGACUUCUAUGAGAUCAUGCGUGCGCAGCCCAGUGUGGUCCUCAGCGCAGCGCACACGGUGGCCGCCAGGAUGUCGUCCUUCGUGCGCCAGAUGGACUUCGCCAUCGACUGGACGGCAGUGGAGGCCGGACGCGCCCUGUACAGGCAGGGCGACCGCUCUGACUGCACCUACAUUGUGCUAAACGGGCGGCUGCGCAGCGUCAUCCAGCGGGGCAGCGGCAAGAAGGAGCUGGUGGGGGAGUAUGGCCGCGGGGACCUCAUUGGAGUGGUGGAGGCGCUGACCCGACAGCCUCGAGCCACGACAGUGCACGCCGUGCGAGACACAGAGCUGGCCAAACUCCCCGAGGGCACUUUGGGCCACAUCAAACGGCGCUACCCGCAGGUCGUGACCCGCCUCAUUCACCUCCUGAGUCAGAAAAUCCUGGGGAAUUUGCAGCAGCUGCAGGGACCUUUCCCGGGCUCGGGGCUGGGCGUCCUUCCCCACUCGGAGCUCACCAACCCCGCCAGCAACCUGUCCACGGUGGCGGUCCUGCCGGUGUGUGCGGAGGUGCCCAUGAUGGCUUUCACGCUGGAGCUGCAGCAUGCACUGCAGGCCAUAGGCCCCACGCUGCUGCUCAACAGCGACAUCAUCCGGGCACGCCUGGGGGCUUCGGCGCUGGACAGCAUCCAGGAGUUCCGGCUGUCAGGGUGGCUGGCCCAGCAGGAGGACACUCAUCGCAUCGUGCUCUACCAAACGGAUGCGUCGCUCACGCCCUGGACCGUGCGCUGCCUGCGCCAGGCCGACUGCAUCCUCAUCGUGGGCCUAGGCGACCAGGAGCCCACGCUUGGCCAGCUGGAGCAGAUGCUGGAGAACACAGCUGUGCGCGCCCUCAAGCAGCUCGUGCUGCUGCACCGGGAGGAGGGCCCCGGCCCCACGCGCACCGUGGAGUGGCUCAACAUGCGCAGCUGGUGCUCGGGGCACCUGCACCUGCGCUGCCCGCGCCGCCUCUUUUCUCGCCGCAGCCCGGCCAAGCUGCACGAGCUCUACGAGAAAGUCUUCUCCAGGAGGGCAGACCGGCACAGCGACUUCUCGCGUUUGGCGCGGGUGCUCACGGGAAACACUAUCGCCCUGGUGCUGGGCGGGGGCGGGGCCAGGGGCUGCUCGCACAUCGGGGUGCUGAAGGCAUUGGAGGAGGCUGGAGUGCCUGUCGACCUGGUGGGGGGCACGUCCAUAGGCUCCUUCAUCGGGGCUCUGUACGCAGAAGAGCGCAGCGCCAGCCGCACCAAGCAACGGGCUCGGGAAUGGGCCAAGAGCAUGACUUCCGUGCUGGAGCCCGUGUUGGACCUCACCUACCCAGUCACCUCCAUGUUCACGGGCUCGGCCUUUAAUCGCAGCAUCCACCGUGUCUUCCAGGAUAAGCAGAUUGAGGACCUGUGGCUGCCAUACUUCAACGUGACCACAGACAUCACUGCCUCGGCCAUGCGUGUGCACAAAGACGGCUCUGUGUGGCGUUACGUCCGGGCCAGUGCCUCCUACUGCCCCUACCUGCCCCCACUGUGCGACCCCAAGGACGGGCACCUGCUGGUGGACGGGUGCUACGUUAACAACGUGCCAGGCUCUCUCUGGCGAUACGUGCGUGCCAGCAUGACGCUCUCGGGCUACCUGCCCCCGCUGUGUGACCCGAAGGACGGGCACCUGCUGAUGGAUGGCGGCUACAUCAACAACCUGCCAGCGGACAUCGCACGCAGCAUGGGUGCCAAGACGGUCAUCGCCAUUGAUGUGGGCAGCCAGGACGAGACGGACCUCAGCACCUACGGGGACAGCCUGUCGGGCUGGUGGCUGCUGUGGAAGCGGCUGAACCCCUGGGCGCACAAGGUGAAGGUCCCCGACAUGGCCGAGAUCCAGUCCCGCUUGGCAUACGUGUCCUGCGUGCGGCAGCUGGAGGUCGUGAAAUCCAGCUCCUACUGCGAGUACCUGCGCCCAUCCAUCGACUGCUUCAAGACCAUGGACUUUGGGAAGUUCGACCAGAUCUAUGAUGUGGGCUACCAGUACGGAAAAGCAGUGUUCGGAGGCUGGAGCCGGGGCGACGUCAUUGAGAAAAUGCUCACAGACCGGAGGUCUACGGACCUCAAUGAGAGCCGCCGCACAGAUGUACUAGCCUUCCCCAGCUCCGGCUUCACCGACUUGGCGGAGAUCGUGUCCCGGAUUGAGCCCCCCACAAGCUACGUCUCCGAUGGCUGCGCCGAUGGGGAGGAGUCCGAUUGCCUGACAGAGUACGAGGAGGAUGCGGGACCGGACUGCUCGAGGGAUGAAGGGGGGUCCCCCGAGGGUGCCAGCCCCAGCACCGCCUCGGAGGUGGAGGAGGAGAAGUCCAUGCUCCGGCGGCGGUGCUUGGUGCCCCAGGAAGCUGCUGGCUUAGGCGCGGAUGCUUGAGGACCGCGCCCCAGGCGGGGCUGAGGGAGGCCGCGGGAAGCUGCCCCCUCCUUUGCUGCUAUGCUGUGGCUCUCCCCGGGGCCCACACUGGACUGGCCUGCCCGGCCCACCCUUGACCAACCGUGCCCCUGAUAAACUGCCCCCUCUUGGAA